AUGAAUGAUGAACUAACUGCUUUAAAAAAUAAUAAUACAUGGGAUUUAGUCCCACUUCUAAAUGAAAAGAAAGCUAUUGGUUGCAGGUGGGUUUACAAAACAAAGUUGAAUCCGAAUAGAACAGUGGAAAAAUACAAAGCGAGUCUAGUUGCAAAGGGUUACAACCAAAAGAGUGGAAUUGAUUUUCAUGAAAGCUUCUCUCCCGUUGCCAAAACUGUUACGGUAAGACUAUUUCUUGCUUUAACUUCAGUUAAUAACUGGUUCUUCCUCCACGAGGAGACGAUGUCCCAACAAGAAUAUCGAACUUGCGAGAAGGCCCCGGAGAUUGAGGGUGCCAUUGAGUUUCGGAGAUGUGGAUGGGAGGCCAUAUGGUGGCGCUCUGAUUUGAGUCGAGACUACGUCCGGAUUUAUGACAAAGAUGAGGCAGUUGUACUUGUGCGUUCCCACGAGGCUAUGAUCCAGUGGAUUGGAAGUUCAUCUGCAGACACUAGUACUUCCCCAAGAGCUUCAAGUCAAGAUGAUAAUGAAGAAAAUGAUAGAGUAAGAGUAGAAGAUGAAAUAUUGGAACAGCCUAUUAGUAAUCUUGAGGAUGAAGUGGUCCAAGUGGAUAAUGAAGAAAAUGUUAGAGUGAGAGUAGAAGAUGAAAUAUUGGAACAAACUAUUAGUAAUCUUGAGGAUGAAGUGGUCCAAGUGGAUAAUGAAUAA